AAUUGGCUAGCUUAGCUGUUAAACAAACAUAUUAUUAUCAGUAGCAACUGUCUAAAAUUACUAUACGGACGUAAAACAACUGAAUAUUGUUACAAAAUGAAGUUUCUCUAUUUCCUAUUGACUCUGUUAUUGGUCGCUCUGUGUGAAGCUAGAGGUCUACGUCAUAGCCUCAAAGAAUACUAUUCUAAAUACUAUUCUGAUUCCAUAAAUCCGAAAUGUCUUGAGCCCUCUGACCCUGGGAUGUGCCUAGCUUAUGUACCAACGUACACUUUCAAUAAUGCGAAGGAGCUUUGUGAAUUCUUUGUGUAUGGAGGUUGUAAUGGGAAUAACAAUCGUUUCACGACUUUAGAAAAAUGUCAAGAGGUCUGCGAAGUAAAGUCCUGAAAACAUAAUGACAUACAUUUGAAUUUAUUUCAAUAAAUUGUUGUAUUACUGCCGUAAUCAGAGACAUUUAAUGUUUACUU